AUGAAAUCAGUUAAGCAUACUGUUGUUUUAUUAUUAUUUUUAAAUUUUGUAUUGAAUAUUUUAGCAAAAGAAUAUAAUAUAAGAACCGAUAAAAGAAAAUUUUUUCAAGGUCCACGAAAUAGUUUAAUAAAUUUUCUUGCGAAAAAGAAAGGCUAUGAUACAAAUGGAUGGAUAGAUAUAUCACUUCUUGAUGGAAAUUUUAAUAGCAUAGAUAUAAAAGUACAUAAUGAUAAAGUUAUAUGUAAUGAAGGAAAUAAGAUACUUGAAGUAUCUGUAGAAAAGCAAACAUUAAUACAGCAAACAGGUAGUGCAACAUAUAAUGAGGUAUUAUUUAGUCAUAUUCAAUUAGCUCAAAGUUCUCGUUUUGUUAACCCCUUACCUGUUAUGAAAAGUAACAAUUAUUCCAAUGCAGUUGAUCCAAAAAUCGUUUUACCAGCUAAUUUUGAAGGUUAUGUUGUCUGUGAAAAAAAAGAUUCAAAUGCCUUAUUAAUACCAAAAAAUUUUGAGACUGUAGAAUUUAUUGCACCACCAUGGAGUGUUAGAGUAAGUAUUGAUGUUUUUAGAAAUCCAAUUUCUCAGUAUGGUAGACAAUUUAGAGUUACAAUAAUAGAUAAUGUAAAUAUUUUAAUGAAUAACCAAUCUUCUUUCAUAUGGCCAAUUCCAUUUGAAUCUUUUUCUGAAGUAUAUGAUUUUCAUUUAGCAGUUAGAGAUAGUAAAGAAGGUCGUUUCUGUAUUUUAGAAAGAGAUUUGGAAACUUUUGAACUUAAUUUAAGUUGCAGUAGUUGGAAAAGAACUUACAAACUUUCUCUUGUAAAUACAUAUUUUCUUGCAGGAUUCCUUGGUAUGAAUACCAUUCAAGGAAUAUCUUAUCCAUUUUUAAAAUCUAAGAAAAUUUCAUAUUAUGAAGAACCAAGAGGAGGAGAUGUCUUUAAAAUUUUACUAGAUGAUGAAAGUAAAAAUCCUGAUGGAACUAAUGUUUAUGUAGAUAAUGGUUAUGAACAAAAUAGAAAAGCAAGAAGAUGGAUCGGAGCUUUAAGUAAUAUAAUAUAUCUAGGUACUGUUGCUUUAACAAAUGCCAUAUAUGGUACUAUCAAAUUUAUCAAUAUAAGAAGAAAUUUAGAUAGAUUUAAUCGUGAAUUUGAAGAAGCACCUUUAUAUUACCCAUGGAAACUUCAAUAUCCAGAAGAUUAUUACACACCAAAUAAUGUUGAAGUAAAUGAGACACAAAAAUCUGAAUCAGCAAGCGUAACAGAUUCAGAAGAAAAAGUUGAUGAUUCACCAGUACCCGAAGAAAUUCCUGAGAAAGAACAAACUGAAGAUGAAAAUCUUCAAAAUCCAACAAUUCUAAAACAAGUAGAACAAAUUAUUGUAGAUAAUGACAGUUAA